CACCCCCCCGUGACCCCUCCCCUCCCCCCACAGGCCGAGGCGGUGGCGGAGCUGCGGGAGCUGGCGGGGGAGGGCUGGUGGCACUGGGCGGGGCCCUGGGCGGGGCCUUCGCCCCCCUCUUCGCCGAGGCCCUGCCCCCGCUCCUGCCGCGCUGGUGAGCACCGGGGUGGGGGAGGGGAGGGCGGCGGGGGGAGGGGAGGCCCCGGCAGCCGGGUGACCCCCCCCUCCCCGCCUUCCCCUCCCCCCCAGGGCGUCGCCGCAGCGUGGGGGAGCGCUCGUGGGCGGCGGCCAUGCUGGGCGAGGCGGGCUGCGGCGCGGGCUGGCGUGGCCGUGGCGCCCUUCCUGCCCCGCCUGGGCCCCGCCCUGGGCGCGGCCGCCGCCCGCGACCCCCACCCCGAGGUGCGCAGCAACGCCCUCUUCGCCAUGGGGCGCCUGGCCGAGGCCGCCGGCCCCGCCCUCGGAGCGGCGUGGCCGGGGCGGGCCGUGCUGACGCAGGCGCUGACGCGGGAGGGGCCGGGGCGUGUCCGGGACAACGCCUGUGGGGCCCUCGCCCGGCACGGGGGGGCGCUGCCGGCCCAGCUGGUGGUGCCGCUGGUGCUGCGGGCGCUGCCGCUGGGGGCAGGACCUGGCCGAGGAGCCGCCCGUGUUCCGGUACCUGCUGGGGGGUGCACGGCCGCGACCCCCCGCAGCUGUGGCAGCACGGCGGCCGAGCUGCCCCGGGCCUGCGGCAGCGUCGUGGGGAGCGGGCGGCUGCCCCCCGAGCUGGAGGCGGGGGUGGUAGGGCUGCUGCGGGACGUGUGGGGCCACUGCCCCACGGCCUUUGGAGGGGGCCUGCCCAGCUGCCCCCAGCGACGCCGCCCGCCUGCGCCACGCCCUGGGCCUGGCCGACGCCCCAGUGACCUGCUGACCCCGGGGGCGUGGCCAUGAUGUCAGCGGGGUGAUGUCAGCGCGACGAGCCAAUAAAAGCCAUGGUUGGGA